ACCGUUUAAGCUUGUUUUGAACCUAUAAAGGUGUCUUCCAAUAAUUUAACAAUGGCAGUGGUUAUUAAUCUAUCAAACUCCUUAACAAACUUUUCCCGCGCGCCAUUCGGGGCCAUGCAAAGAUAAAACAGGAUGGUUAUAAAAAAACACGGUAAGUAUUUCCUGAUUAGUUCUUGUGUGUUAAUUUGCUCAAAUUGGGUGGUAGAUAGUUUUGAUUAAUACGUAAAAUCUGGUAUUUUCAGACUUCCAGAAAACAGCGGGGCUAAUUCAGGAGUUUCUUUCCAAACUGUCCUGCGAUGAAUCGACGGCUGAACUGCGUGACGCCAUGAAUCUUGUUCUUUUUCACUUGCAAAGGUACUACAAGAAACUCCGCAAGCGAAGUCUUUCCAGCGGAACUUCGCCACGAUUUCACGGAAAAACUCUAAGUGGAGGCCUUAUUUUGAACGGUGGUGUAAGUCCGGUUUCUCCUGCUUGUGGUAUACGAGAUCAGUUUGAGUGGAAGUGGUAUAACUUGGAAUCACCGAGAUUGUCAGCCAGUCUUGGGACAAAUGAAUAUUCUUCUCUACCCCUUAUCUUGCAAGCUGCGAAAUCAGGGGAUUACGAACUUUUGAAGGAACUCAUAGAUAAAGGUAAAAAUAAAUAAAUGCUUGCGUGAGUGUCAAAAAUUGGAGAGAAAACAUGCAUACAUACACACUUCUUAUUUGGGGAUGAUAAAAAUAAUCCAUAAAGUUUUAUUUGCCAUAAUAGCAGCUGGUUAUUUGAGAACUUGACAGGUUAAUUCAGAACUCUGUUCAGAACUUAAGCAUGCAAAUUACUUUUUCUCUGAAUCAUCAGGGAAAUACUUGUGUAAAUUCAUUACAGUUAGGUUAUAAAAAUAUAAUCACCCUUCAGCUUCUUGCUGUCAGCCUCUGAAAUCCAGCUCAAAAGAUCAUAGGUGAAAAUCACUUAUCAUUUUUCUGAUCCAUGUCACUUUAUACUAAUAGAUAUUAGGGUCAUUUAUACGAGGAAAAAUAAGACGUGUCUUUCAUUAGAUGCGUCCUAAAAAAGACGCAAACUAUCCUGUAUAAACAGCACAUUAAGACGCUACUUAGCAAAAACGCAUCUUAUCAAAGAACAGAGGUUAGGGCCUAUUCUUUGAUGAGAUGCAUCUUACCUAAAUUUCAAAUGAAAUGUGCCAUUUAUACAGGAUAAUUUGAGUCUUAUUUAGGACGCAUCCUAUGCAAGAUGUGUCUUAUUUUUCCUUGUUUAAGUGACCCUAAUGUUUAUUAUAAUGAGCCCUGAGGUCUCCUGCAGGCCCAUGCUUGGUCCUGUGAGGGCUCGGGGAUGGAGGGGAUCUAAACCUUUUUGUGGAUUGUUGGAUAUAGGAGUGCCACUUGAGGUUAGCCAGAAAGUUGGGAAGAGAGCAAAAAAUUAAAGAGGAAUGAGGGGGAGGGAAAAAGGAAACACUCACCAGCCUUCUUGAGUGGUUUGUGUACUGACGAACGGACCAGAUUCUAUUCAGAUUCGGAUUGGAUUCCAUAUACAUCACCGUUUUGUUAUCUUCCAGGGGAGAACUCGAAAAGACUGAUGCAAGCUAUCCAUGAAAAAUGGCAGAGCAAGCAUUACCUGUGGCCUUGUUAACCAUUGAUAUUAUCAAAUUUUGAUGAGAACACUGGGAAAUUGUUUUGAAACAUGAGCAAAAGAUGGCUAUUAACAAUAUUCACCUCACAUGAGAGAUAUGAUGGCCAUUUUGUUCAACUUACAUGUUUUAUUUCUCUUUUGCUGAAUCACACUAUGCCCAUCUAUUUUUUGCAUACUAUGAGUAAGCGAUAACAAAGAGCAAAUGACCACACAUCAUACAUUUUAAAGGUGUAAAAUCUCUGAAAAUGUAAUUAUGUGUGUGGGUUUCCAAAGUUCUGCACCAGAAGCGAUUGUGUUGCCUGCUACAUGGCCCGUUGCCCUUUUUAUUUUGAUUAGAUAAUCAAACGCUGUCAACACGUUGUCAAAUUGUGAAUUGGGAGGUGGUUUUUAUUUUUAUUUGUGGCCUUGCUGCUCAUUUGUGCAUGCUUGGCACAUGUCUUUCCAGCUUUGUUAUUCAUUAGUGCACUUACCCAGAAAUACAUGCAGCUACACAGACUAGUACAAACUUGGAUAAACCUGAAAAAUUUUUUGCAAAAUAAAUCCUUCUAUGUAAUCAGUUACCACCCUUUGCUCUCUUAGAAAGUCUGAAUAUAAUAUUAUUAAUACUAUUUUUCCCUUUUUAAGGUUUCUAGCAAAAUUUUAGGUUUUGAAUACAAGACAGCACAGGUUACAUCAUACUAAACACUGAAAAACAGGGCUUGGAUGACAUAAGUGCAAUGUUGGUUUCAUUGCAGAUCCAGCUGUCACUAAGCAAGUAGAUGGUUUAGGGCGAAAUGCUGCUAUGUACUGUGUACAUGGAAAUACACCUGCUCACACAGAUUGUCUUGAAUUGCUUAUUAAUGCUGAAUGUGAUCUGGACCACCAAGCAAAUGGUAGAGUAUCCUGAAAAUCUUUUCCCUUGAAGACCAAAUUACACAACUUUUAAUACAUUUUAAUCCACCCACUGCUAGUCUAAUAAUUGAAAAAAAGGCUGUAAAGAAAAUCAUUUCUUCUAAUAGCAUGUUGUAGAUACCUAAAUACACCUUGCAGAAGUAAAAAUUUACUUCAGUGCCUUGUGGCCAGUAUGGACAGUUGCCGUGAAUUCUUGGGCUGGAUUAAAGUGGCCCUUGAUGUCUUGUUUCUCAUUCCAAACCUGCUGUCCAAAAGAUGCGACGUUGAAAAUGGAGCAGUGCACAAUGUAACCUGGGUGAAUCUAAUCAUCUGAUAGCACCAAAAAUUAAUGUGGCACCUUCAGUGUGUGGAUUGAUCUCAUACUAAUACUUGUAAACUGCUUGGAAUUUUACUUGUUAGAACUAAAAUUAUAGCUUCACUUAAUUAUAUAGUUGGAGAGAAAAUGAAAAAAGGCAGUCCAUUGAAAUCACUACUUGUCUUUUUUUUUUUUAAAUCCCAUACUUCGCAAUCCUGCAUAGUGUAAUUGCACGUUAGGUGAUCAAACCUCAAUCUUAAGUUGCCCUGGCCUGUUUAAAACAUCACACUGGCAACUGUGUCUAUAUUUUGUAGCGUUAACAUUCAUGAAGUAGGCUAUAAUAUUUAAGUUUGAUGCAUUGUUUGUACUGUAAAUUAUUAUUAGAACAGAAAAACUGUGAUAAGUUUUUAUCAGUCGUGUAUGUUUACACUUACUGGUGUACAUGCAUAGUUUUGCAUAAGUCUUCCUUUUUGUAUUUUUCUCUUGAACAUCUUUGCAAUGAUUAUUAUCACCAGAUAAUACGACAGCCCUACAUGUAGCAGCCUUCUGCAACAAUACUGCAGCCUUGACUCUUCUACUCAGAAACAAGGUGACUGCAAAAACUAAAAUGUUAUUUUGUUAUGUUCUAUUAGAAUUUUACACAGUGCUUUUGAUCAUUGAACUAUUUUUGGCUUUUAUUCUCAUUAAAAAAAAGAAAACAAUGUGUCCAUUUGCAGAUAUUCAGCUGCACUUAGCAAAUCAACUCUGUUUUAACCUUUUUUAAGAUGCCUGGUUAAAAAUUGUUCAGAGCUUAUCCUGGUCCAAAGAGUUUUUUGUUUACUUUGUUAAUCAACUUUAUGAUCAGCAGGACAUAAGUGUGUUUAAGUUGGACACAACAAUCGUCAUGAAGAAAGCGAGUUUUGCAAAUUUAGUGCUUUUUGUGCAUGGUAGAACCUAAACUUUGUUGAUUCUCAUACAUAAGCAAAGAUGAUUGAUUGAUUUAUAACAAUGACCUGCAGUAUAUAACCCUUCAUGUUGGUUUAAAAAAUCCUCCCUAGUUAAAAAAAUCCAUUGUUCUCAUGUAAUUUGCAUAAGAUGGUUAAGACUCAGUGAAGACCCAAAAUACAUAGCCACAGUUGCUUAGUUUUUAAAGUGAUUUUUAAUUAGUUAACUGGAAAUAACUCGUAUAAGUUUCCUAGCGUGGCUGCAGCCACUGUAACUGUAAUUUGGUGGUAAUUUUUUUGGAUAUUUAUAAAUGAACAAACCUUUCAUACCUAGGCCAUAUUAUGGUAAGGUUAUUUGACACUAACUUUUAAAUCUGUGGAUGAAAUCCUUCGGUGUUCCCAUUCAAAUGAAACCUCUUUAGCAGAACUUUUGUAUGAUACUCCUUAAUUCUCUGACCUUAAAACAAAUAAGUUUGGCCAUUUUUAUGAGCAAAAGGGUCAAAUAAUAUAGUUUUGUACAUACUGUGGCCAAAAAGGCAGUCAAAACCUGGUCAAAUUGUAUUGUUGCCUCUCACUGCUCACUGCUUUAUUAUCUGCACUCUCCUUAAACUAUUUGAUGGGUGCUUUUCAGUAAAAUACAUGGAAAGUGAACCCAUUGCAUCCCAUGUUACCCAGGUUAAAGUGUCCUCCCUUAGAUUAAGAUGAACCGCAAGUCAAUUACAUAAGAUAAACAGUGAGUGUUUUAAAAAAUAGUUUGUUUUUCAAUAGGCUUAGUUUUACUAAUUAAAUUUAUUAACAUAUCUAACUUUACUGUAAGUGCCUUAAACAUUAUUACAAAGUAGUUAUGUAACAUUUCAUGUGUAUGGUAUCAAAUGGAUAAAAAAUAAUAAUAAUAAUAAUAACAUUAUUGUUAUUAUUACUAACAUUAGUUAAUCAUGUGUUUAUUGAUUAUAGGUAGGUGUUUUUUAGGACCCUAAUUUGGAAAAAAAAGUGAACAAUUUUUUUCUUUUAUUUAAGGCUUCUCACCACAUUGAAGACAAUCAGGGCAGGACACCUCUUCACUGGGCAGCAGCGAGUCCCUCCAUGGAUAACCUCAAGGUUAUAUAUGCACCGCAGAUCUUCCUUAUAUGACUGCAGCCUUCUAGCAUUGAUUUCUUACUUCUACUUUUUGUUCUAAAAAACAUAAUCAUAGGGAUCUUAAAGUCUCUCACCUAUAAAAUCUACAUGGCCCCAGGGUUGCUCUGCCUUUCUUUGCCCUUUAGUCAAAUGUACCAUUUUUGAAAGAAAAGUUACCUCUUACCUUCCUUUGAAAAGUGGUAUCUUAAAGAAAGUUUGUCCCUAACCCUUGGAAUGAUAUUAUGGGAGAACAUCAUUACGAUAGGGGAAGUUAACUAUGAAAUAUAAUAAUUAUUAAUUAUUCAGUUCGUUUUGUUCCGUACCCUUUCAUAUACUUUAACUCUUGAAAUCCCUUUCCUUUUAUAUUAUCUGAAUCUAGAAAAAGGUCCAUCUUCUUGGCAGAGCCUCCUUGGGACAUAGGCCUAUUAAAUAUAUAUGAGUUUGCUACAAAGCCAAUUAUUUCCUUGUUACCAAAGACAAAAAGUAAGCUGCCAGAGGGCUGCUGAGCACUGCUAGCUAAAGCACCGCCCUGCACUUACCAAAUAAUAUUGUUUUACGGACAGAUGUUACUUCAGUUUGGUGGCAGUCUUCAUGCAGUUGACAGUGAGGGUUUGACACCAGCUAUGUGGGCAUGUUACUUUGACCAACUUCAUAAUCUCCAAGUCCUACAUGAUGCACUGUGCAGACUUGACCCACAGGAAGAUGCCAUCUUCAAAGACACUGAUUGUUAUGGACAAUCUGUGAUACACUGGUCUGUCAAGGGAGCAGGCUCCCUGGAAUGCCUUGAGGUAUUUGAUAAAGAAAUGAUGAGAGAUGAGAUGGUCUUUGCCUGGCAUGUUUUUAAAAAUGUUAUAAGGAUGUGGUAGAAACCCAGUUAAGCAGACCCACAGAAAGCAUAGGCUCUGUACUCAAGGGACAGAACAGACAUAAAGCAUGUGUGCAGAGCGCUUGUGCUUAAUAGCGUUUACACUUCUCUAAAAAAAAAAAAAGUUCAAAGAAAGUUGGCCACCAGUGGUCUUUAUACUGUACCACAUCUGAAAUUUUGUGAUUUUUAACUGAACGGACACAGCAUGUUAGUUAACAAUAAUGAAUGAGUCUGAGUAUCUUAUGAAGAAUUAUGGAGAUCGAGGAGAGUGUUAUCUGUCGAGGCUGAGGCGGAUAACACCCUCCAAGAUCUCCCUAAUUCUUCAUAUGGUAUGAAAGCCGAAUUCAAUAAUUGCUUUAUUAUUCAUUCAAAAUAAUUCCUAGUUUAAAGACAUAGCUAAAACAUGCUUACCUCCAGCGAUGGAGCAGAUGUCACCCUUUGAGUUGUCUUUUUGCUGUUCUUGCCAUGUUUUUAGCUAUUAUUUCGCCUGGAUCUUACUCUUGAAUCAAGCAAAAUGUCCGCCAUUUUUGUUUUCACGACCAAAGCAACUCAACCUUGUCCCCAGGUCUUCUCGGUUAACAGUGCAUUAACCUGCAAGGAAGCUGCACUUUUGACGUCAUCGGUUGAUUAAUUGGAAAAUUCUUCCAAAUUUAUUCAUCAGUAGCUGGUUUUAGUGAAUUAUGCAUGUGCUUUUAGCCAAUCAGAAUCGUAGAAAUAUUUUGAAUGAAUAAUAAUAGUUAAGUAGUUUAAUACAAUAACAGUCCGAUUAUUAUACCAAAGACUCUUUACUUCAUUUUAUCAAGGUUCCACUGCUUAAAUAAUUUUGUGGAAUCUUCCGCUUAGAGUUCUAGGGCUGAAUUUGUAAGUUAAGAUAUCUCCUACGUAUUGUUUCUCAACUAUCGCCAAUUGUUUUGAGAGAGCAGUUGAGACACAUCUUAGCACAAGAUGGCUUCAUGAAUCUAGCCCCAGGGCUAAAAGCAGAUCAUACGAAUAUUUCCACUUUUCGGAUUUCAUAUAACGUCCUUCUGAAAAUUUGUGUCAACAGUUUAAUUGUGUUUUUGAAGUACAGUUUAUUAGCGUAGACAGGUUAAGAGGCCAAACAUUUUUGCACUACUGCCUGUCAACUUCACAAUCCUUACAAGUUAUCUUCCACUUUCCCUACUUUCAAUUUUGUUUCCAAGGUCUUACUGUCACCCAGUUCUGCAGUUCUAAGAGAUAAUGAUGGAAAAUCAGUACUCCACACAACUGCGGAAAAAGGUACUAUAAUUUAAUAAAUUAUUCCUUCUUUUUGUCAACUGCAAUUAUGGAACAUGUGAUGUCACUGUUUUUGGAUCUGUACAUAACACAAAAACUUAAACACGUUUGUUUAUUUUACCUAUUUCUUGAAUCGACUGAAAAUAAUUGAAAAAAUCUUCAGAAACAAUGAAGACAGGAAAAGUCUGCAUUGUGACAAUUAGUUUGUAUCAUUCUGUCUGGACAAGCACUUUAGUUGUUGAUUGAACUGAGUGGAGUGCUAUUUGGUCUGAAAUGAUGUGGGUAAUUUCAAAACAGUUUAUAAGAAUCCCUUUUUAACAGCACUGAGAUUAUGUUUUGUAACCUUUCUUCACUUUUAUUCUAUUUUUUCUUAUAAUCUUCAACUAUAUAGGGAAUACAGCUGCAUGUGAGUUGAUUCUUGAAGUAAGAGGAAGCAUUGAAGGCCUUCAGGACACUGAUAACAUGAAAAGAACUCCAGCUCAUCUGGCUGCAAUUUGUGGCCAAGGAGAAGUAGUCAAUUUUCUUCUUGAAAGGGGAGGUUAGUACCACUCUAGGAGCAGAUGAAAGGAGGCUUUGCGUGAAUUGCAUAAAGCCUUUCAAGUUGGGGAAGCCCAAAUUUCUGGACUAUUCCCUCCUGGAACUGGCUUUCUGGGUGCAAGCAUCCAUUUAUUUAUAAAUUGAAGGUCGUAACCUAAAUCCACUGUACCAAUUACAUGGCUAUUAGGCCUGGUUCAAAUGCGUAUCGCAGCAACAAGCAGCACAUGGUCAACAAAGAUCUUACCUGAUUUAUGCAGAGUUUUUCCCGAGUAUGCCAAAUAGAGCAAGUUAAAGAAAGGCUCUACUUGCAGAGUUGGUUGAUACAGGCACAUUGUGUCUGUGUAAUGAAAUAGAAUGGUAGUUUAAAAAGUUCCCAGGUUGUCUUCUUAAUGCAGUUUUAUGUACAUUUUGUUGCUUAAUUUUCUAGUGUUGACAAUGGCUAACAAAAUCUAACUACUUCAUUUCUCAUAUUAAUUAGCGAAGUGAUGAUUUUCUUAUUAUUAAUAAUUGUGAAUCAAAAAACAUAUAACGCCUUAUGACAAUUUAAAAACUCCUUUGAUCUUUAUUACCAUAAUACUUCUAUUAUUGUUAUUACUAUUCUUUUUAUUUUACAUGUGUAUCACAGCUGAUCUCCUGCUGAAGGAUAAACUUGGUGCUACUGCUGUGGAUUAUAUUUACAACAAGCAGCUUACCUACUGUGGGAUGAUUCUCAGAGCUCAUUUGAGGAGCAAUGAUCAACAGAUAACACCCACCAAUACACAAAGGUAGACUAGAGGAGAGAGAGGGAUAUUUAUCAAUAAUUAUUAUUAUUGAAUGAGGAUGAGUAUGAUAUGAAGAAUUAUGUGGAUCAAGGACGAGUGUUAUCCACCAAGGCUGCAAAUUGUAAAGGAUAAUACCCUCUGAGAUCUGUGUCACACAAUUCAUAUCAUGCAAAAGCUGAACAUGAAGCUGAAAAUGAGUCUUGAUUAAUAAAUAUUUCCAGGGUCUUACCAAACCUUACCUUGAUGUAGAAAUUCUUCAAAACAUUUGCCUGUUCUCCAGAAGUUUUAGCAUGUGAGUGAACUGUUUUCUGGCAGAUAUUUUCAAAAGCAGUUGACGUCCAUUGAGUGGUGUUUUUGAAGUUUCCUUUCUUUACGUCUCAAUUUAUGUAUUCUAUUUUAACUGAAUUUACAAUGGCCUAUUUUAAAUGUAUGAGUUCAUGAUUCCUGUAAAUGCACAAUCAUCGUGCUUGAAAUAGUUCUACAAAAAAAAUUAAGUACAACUCCCUUUUUUCUACAGCCAGAAUAAUCAUGCUUCAUCAAGGCCGCAACCUUCUGCUCCCUCUCCUGAAACUGUUCAACAACAACUUGAUACCACCAUCAUGCAAGACAAGAAAGACCACCGAGGAUCUCUCUGUGAUCAGAACAAUGAUGUGUCAGAGCUUCAUGGCUUUGAAGUUCAAGGUGAUUCAAUUGACAUAGAAAAUGAGGAAAAUCACCUAAAAGCAAAACAUGAGGUUAAAGUUGAUGGCAGUUCUACGAACAAUAGAGGUCAUAAUAAAAAACCUCAGCAAAAGAACAAGCACCAAAAUACACUAACAAGACAAAGUGGUUUUCAUAAUGAUAGUGAUCCUAAAGAACCACUGGAAGCUCCAAGCUUUGAUCUGAGGACUGAGGAAGGUGACAUACUUGUUGUUGUGAGUAAUCUGGAUGUUGAAGAUGGUGAACAGGAGCAGAUAAUUAAUAUUGAGGAAGGGGACCUUGAUAUGGAUGGUGAAGACAAUUUUGAAUACUCAAGCGCUCGUUUGCAACAGGGACGUGGCAGUGCCUCAAGUGUGCACAGUGAGCCCGAUAAUGCAGAUAACUGCAGUGUCAGUGUUGGACUGAGUGUGUCAAGUCUUGGAAGUGAUAAUGAAGAUGAACUUCAGGAUGACGAUUUGGAAGAGCCUGCUGAGGAGGACAAGAACCAAGGGCAAAGAAAAGGAAAAAGUAUUGAUUCACAGCGUCAGGUAAUGAGGGCAAAUGUGUGUAUUUUUUUAAUAUUACUAUUCAUUUACUGUGGAGAAAUCAGUUAACUGAAAACCUGUUGAAACUGGAUCUCAGAGGGUAUUUAACACUUCUGUUGUAACCAUAGUGUGCAAGUUUUCCUAAGGUGCUUCUUUAGAUUUAUCACAAAACACAGUAUUAAUAAAACUGUUUCUUUUAAAGAGUUGGUAUUUAUAACAUUUUUACAAUUGCUUGUCUUUUAUUUUCAGUCAAUUCCAGAACCUAGUCUACCAUCACAACAGGUCCCCUCUACGGAAGUCAAAUCCCCACCUCUGAAACCUCCACAAAAAUUAGCACAGUUACAUUCUCUUCCCCUCGAGAAAAGCUCUGCCUUUGUAGAUGAUAAUUACACAGAAGAACUUGAAGAAGAGCAACUAGCAAUGGCUUCAAAAAAGAAGAAAGAUAAAAGUAAAAAGAAAAAACAAAAGGGGCCAUCAACAUCAGAACUGGCUACCCCUCUCCCACCUCCAAGGGGAAUGGUUCCUCUUAGCAGUUUGGGCCCUCCUGGGGCUCCUAAACUUGGUGCCUUGGAUCCACGUGGUUUAAAGCCAGCUCCUUGGGAGCAUGGCCCUCUUGGACCUCUAAGGCAGGUACCUCCUGAGCCAGCACCUCCUACAAGCCCACGAUUUGGAAGAAAAGGUUAUCCAUAUCCUGGAGAAGGUUUUGAUCAUAAUGAAAAUCUAUUUGAAAGGCCUCGGAGCCCUGAACCACCUCGCAGUCCUCGUGACAUGGGAGGACAUCAUUUACACCCAUCUCCUCCUGAUGCUUCCUUUAGAGGUCCCAUAGAAGGCGGUGUUCAUGAAAGGGACAUGGCCCAUGGCUCCAUGUCUCAAGCUCCUCUUAAAAGUAUGGUGAGUGAACAAGUGAUAGCUUUGCAUGCAGUAUUCAGUAAUCUAGCUCUCUCCUUUAUAAGCAGUUUGGAGGAAGGAGUGAUCACCAAAUAUCCUCUUAUUAUUAUAAUUUCUCCAUCACUCAGGUGAAUCAUGAGAGUCAUGUUGGGGAAGAACUAAAAAAGACAUAGACUUAUGCCUCUUUUUUUGUAGAGAAUGGAGUCCCUGAUAAAUGGGAAAUGUGUCCUUGAAAGUCCUUGAAAAGUCCUUGGAUUUUUUGUUCAAAAAAGGGUACGAACCCUGUACUUCUCUACUAAGAGAGACUGGAAUGAACUGAAUUUUUAAAAGAUAGCAAACCUCAAAUCUAUCGUUUGUGUUUUAACCCUAAUUUAACUCUUAUAUGCAAUGAAGUGUUAAGGAGAAGUUGAUUAUAUCCCACUGUCAUUAAGUCACAUGUAUGUGCAUGUAUUUGUGCCAGUUUAGCCUGCUACUGCUAAGUUUACUGAAAAAAUCAGUGAUUGCAGCGGUUAUAAGGAAUCACUUCUUAAUUUAUCACACCAGUCAUAGUGGCUGCUGAAGAGGCAAGCUUACUGUUCUAUUGUAAGGCUGGGUGCCAUAUAAUUACCAUGAUGGCUUUGAAUACUUACAUAGCUGAACUUUGCAGCAGUAAAUUACACAUAAGUACAAGAAACUAUGAUUUGAUAGUAAGCUUGAUUUCUAAUGUUCCAAUUAUACAUUUCUAGGGAACAAUGGGUAGGAGUGCCAAAAUGGGUGGAGUCAUACCCCAUGGACCACCAGGACCACGACUCCCUGGACAUGCACCAAUUCCUCAUCCACCACAACAUUAAUACAUCAUUUGAAGAGCUGACACUAUAAAUCUACCGUGCAUUGAAUGUUAAUAUUUUUCACUGAUAAGUUCCUUUUUCUCAGGUGGUAAUUUAUCUUUUUUAAGUUAUUUGGUAUUCAGAUAAGUUUAGAUAAAAGAAAAGUAAUGGGGCUGAAAAAUACAGUAUGAAAAAAAUUAAUUCAGGACAAAAUUUGAACAAUAAGCAAACAACUUGGGACAUAAAAACCUUUUUGGUCCAAUUUAAGUAUAAUUUUCAGUUGACCCUUUUCGGCCAUUUAUUAACUAAGGGAACAUUUGGCUAAAUAUCGAAACAAAUCUGCAUUUGUCAAUGGAAGUUCCAACAAUUUGCCGUGGGGUAGUUAGGGAAGCCCCUGCAGCAUUUUGCCGCAGAGUAGUGAGGGUGUUCAGCUUCUUUGUGUUAACUUCCUUCAAAUGGUGAAUGUGAACCAGUAUUGAUCACUAUUAUUACAAUGCACUAUUAUUACAAUUAAUGCACCCAAACUUCUCACUAAAUUUAGAUGAAUACUGUGUAGCCUAGAUGCUAUGUACAUAAUGGCUGAGUAGCAAUAAUAUCUUUAUUCCCCCAGAUAUUUUAUUUAUUAUCAGGAGACCAUUGGAAACUUGUAAACCUGGCCUUGGGAGGAAGAGGAAGGGUGUUCUAGCAACACUGGUUAUCUUUUGGGCUAUUUAUUUUGAAGGUGGGAUGGGGAACAUAAACAUUGGUUGGACUGUGUCAGCCGUAUGGGAGGGGUGGGGUAAUUACAAUAAUUAUUUAUUACUUAGAUAAAUAUUUAUUCUGAAUUUUCAAUUUUCCAUAGAAACAAAAAUACAUAAGAACAUAAUUUCCUGUCUGAUCAAGAAGGGAUCAAUGCGUUAAACAGAGACUUUGCACUUGUCUUUAAAUAGCAGCACCAUUGUAGGAAUGGUUCCUGAUACUGUUACCUUCUUGGUUAUCCUGUGCUUUAACUUAGUUAGGGGCGUACAACAUUACUUAGUUACAGCAAUUAUCAAGAGUUCCUUUGUAUUCCAGGGUAUUCUAUCAAAAAAAUAUUUUGGAGCAGAAAAUGCCCACAAGGGCUUUAUAAGGGCGUAGGUAGUGACAGUGCUUCAAGAUGCGAACGUUUUACUCGCAGCAAACAAAUUUGUAGCGAAAAUUGCCAUUUGUGGAUCUGUGUUUGGGGGUAAUGCAGCCAAGCUGUAGUGUUUUGAAUAGUUUAUGUUUAUGAUUUUCUUAAGUUAAAGGUGGAUAAAUAUUUGCGUAAAGUAUUAUUUAAGUACUGUUUAAAAACGAGCAGGAGUGUAUACUCAGGGGAAACCAAGAGUUUUUACAUCUGAUAAUACACUUCUGCGAGUUUUUGAACGGCUUCAAAAUCUCUGAUAUAGAUCAACUCAUUUUUCCACUAGUAUUUAGUUUUGGGGUUAUUUCGGUGUAAAACAUUGGACGUAAAUUUUAGCCGUGUCUUUAUCAGAUAUAUGGACAGUCAUUGAACAUUAUUUUCGUUUGUUUUUUCUUUAUGAAUUAUUAAUAAGUUUUUGAAGCUCUAUUUUCUUCAUAAUUCGCCUCUUACACCCUCUUUGACCCUGUCGAAGAGAUAAUGUUUAUGACACGUUCUCUGUCAGAUUUUGUUGAGUACAUACUUAAAGGUAUUAAGUGCUUUUUUUCGGAGAAUCGAGGAGGAAAAGUUUCGUGAACACACAUAUGUGGUAACCUUGCCUUUUAUAAAAAUAUAUUGACCAAAAGUCUCUCCUGACUUCAGGAGCACCUCUUCUGAUAUAUAGUUAUGCUUAUGCCUUCCCCAAUCCCCAUGUCUGUUAGUCAACCAGUCAGUAGCUAUUGUUUAAAUGGUCACAUUACAAUAAUGUCUUGGGACAUAAAAACUACCCUUUACUGCUUCAAAAAAUCAUUACUACUUUAAUAGUAGCUAUCUUUUGAAUAGUUCCUUUAUAGGUGCAUUAAUUAUUAUUAGGAGCAUAAUGAGGGUCACUUUAAACAGGUGAUGUGCCCAUUGGUUUGGUUAGGUGCCACGACCUUGUCAGCGGAUAUUGAAGCGUAAAAGGUGCCUAUAUUUUUAGGUUGCUUGUGGGAAUUAAACACGGUAGAUUAAAAAGGCUUGUCGUAGUGCAAACCGUAGAGAGAUGUGAGAUGGAAAUAAGUUGCCCCUUGGUAGCAACUGCGAAUUUAUUGCAUCCUUGUGAUGUUCGCAUGUCUGUAAAACAAAUGUUCUCUGUAACUGAACGAAAACCUGCUGUUACGUCUUUAAAAGUAGAUUAUAAACCACGCACUAUAGAUAUUUGUUACUUGUAUAUGUAUUUAAAGUCUAUUCGCUAUUUAUUGUCAAUGACCAGUACCUGGGGCUUGUAUGUAUUAGUUUUUGUCCAUAGUCAUGUCUGUAACGAAUAAGUCUUCACUGUAACAACAUUAUUGGUGAAAUUCUUGAUAAUAAUUAUCAUUUUUAAUAAUGAUAGUAGUCAAAAUCAUUAUUAAAGAAAAUUCUUGCGUCAAAACUUAGGCCAGAUUAGAUUUGGUUGUUUACAUUCCCAUUCUCUACAGCCUUGAAUUCUAAGUAGCGAACAUUACUAAACCCUUAAAAAAGGUAUUAUGUACUGUUUAGUCAUAAAUUAAGUACCGUAAAAUUCCGAAAAUAAGCCCCUCCAAAUAUAAGCCCCCCAACCCGGUAACGCAGAAAACCCUCCGAUAAAUCCUCCCUCCUAAUUGGAAAAUUGCUCUCAAACACAAAGUAAAAAAAGCAAAAACGGUAAAUUUACUUCCAACUAUAAGGCUAGCCCAAUGAUUUUGAAACGCAAAUUUCCCUCCGUAGAUAAGUCCCUCCGAAUAUAAGCCCCUCCAAAAAUAAGCCCUCAAAAAGGGUCUUUGAAAAAUAUAAGCCCCGGGGCUUAUUUUCGGAAUUUUACGGUAUGCUAAAACAGGUGUCCCCUCAGAUAGGCAGCCUUUCAAACUUUCCAAGUCGUUAUAAUACAGGGGGAUCCAGGGUACUUAAUAUUUACAUGGUAAAACCGGAAAUUCCGGUUGGAAAAUCAAAUGGUUCGUGCCAUUCCGUUUGUGAAGCUUCAGAAAAUAUGGGCUGUGAUUUGAGGCGGAGCAAUUUUGCUUCUCUUUUUAGUUUGUUCAGUUGGUUUGCAUAUACUUCGCCCACCACUUCAAUAUCUUUAGUUUUAUGUUUCUGCACAUGAUUUCCACCCGGGAGGUUUUUGUAAAUGUUGAGCACCCCAGACCUCCUGUCUCCUGUACCUCACAUUCCCGGCUCCCGCCUCUUUUUCAUUGGCUUCCUCCCUUUAGUAGCCUGCAUACAGCCGUCCCCAGCUCCCCUUAGGGAGGGCUUGCCAGAAAUUUGUUAUCUAUCUUUAUCGAUAUCUUUCAGUUACGACAGUUAUAAUAUCCACGUCCUAAACGAAUGUGGACUGUUGCGUGGGGUCAAAAUCAAAAUUAAGGAAGGAUGUUGCACG